CGGGUGGCAGGUGUCAGCGGCGUCUGCAGUCGGCGGCGAUGGAGCGGCCCCGGGGAGCUGCGGACGGCCUCUCGCGCUGGCCCCUCGGCCUCCUCCUGCUCCUGCAGCUGCUGCCGCCGGCCGCCGUCGGCCAGGACCGGCUGGACGCACCGCCGCCGCCCGCGCCGCCUCCGCUGCGCUGGGCCGGGCCGGUCGGGGUGAGCUGGGGGCUGCGCGCCGCCGCGCCCGGGGGCCCCGUCCCCCGCGCUGGCCGUUGGCGCCGCGGCGCGCCCGCCGAGGACCAGGGCUGCGGCCAUCUCCCGGACUUCGUCGCCAAGCUGACCAACAACACGCACCAGCAUGUCUUUGAUGACCUCAGUGGCUCGGUGUCCUUGUCCUGGGUUGGAGACAGCACUGGGGUUAUUCUCGUCCUGACUACUUUCCAGGUGCCACUGGUGAUUGUGAGUUUUGGACAGUCCAAGUUAUAUCGAAGUGAGGAUUAUGGAAAGAACUUUAAGGAUAUUACAAACCUCAUCAAUAACACCUUCAUUCGGACUGAAUUUGGCAUGGCGAUUGGUCCCGAGAACUCCGGAAAGGUGAUAUUAACAGCAGAGGUAUCCGGUGGAAGCCGAGGAGGCCGAGUGUUCAGGUCCUCAGACUUCGCCAAGAACUUUGUGCAGACAGACCUCCCCUUUCAUCCUCUGACUCAGAUGAUGUACAGCCCUCAGAACUCCGACUACCUGCUCGCCCUCAGCACUGAGAAUGGCCUGUGGGUGUCCAAGAAUUUUGGGGAAAAAUGGGAAGAAAUCCACAAAGCAGUAUGUUUGGCCAAAUGGGGAGCAGACAACAUCAUCUUCUUUACCACCUAUGUGAAUGGCUCCUGCAAAGCUGACCUUGGUGCGCUGGAAUUAUGGAGAACGUCUGACUUGGGGAAAACCUUCAAAACCAUUGGCGUGAAAAUCUACUCAUUUGGUCUUGGGGGCCGUUUCCUUUUCGCCUCUGUGAUGGCUGAUAAGGAUACAACGAGAAGGAUCCACGUGUCAACAGACCAAGGGGAUACGUGGAGCAUGGCGCAGCUUCCUUCCGUGGGACAGGAGCAGUUCUACUCCAUUCUGGCAGCCAAUGAUGACAUGGUGUUCAUGCAUGUAGAUGAACCUGGAGAUACCGGAUUCGGCACGAUCUUUACCUCUGAUGACCGCGGCAUCGUCUACUCCAAGUCUCUAGACCGACAUCUCUACACUACCACAGGUGGAGAGACGGACUUCACCAACGUGACUUCCCUCCGUGGAGUCUACAUAACGAGCAUGCUCUCCGAAGAUAAUUCUAUUCAGAGCAUGAUCACUUUUGACCAGGGAGGACGGUGGGAGCACCUGCGGAAGCCAGAGAACAGCAAGUGCGACGCGACGGCCAAGAACAAGAAUGAGUGCAGCCUUCAUAUUCAUGCUUCUUACAGCAUCUCCCAGAAGCUGAAUGUCCCAAUGGCUCCACUCUCGGAGCCCAACGCUGUGGGCAUCGUCAUCGCUCAUGGUAGCGUGGGAGACGCCAUCUCGGUGAUGGUCCCAGACGUGUACAUCUCAGAUGAUGGGGGUUACUCCUGGGCGAAGAUGCUGGAAGGGCCCCACUAUUACACCAUCCUGGACUCCGGAGGCAUCAUCGUGGCCAUUGAGCACAGCAACCGCCCUAUCAAUGUGAUUAAGUUCUCCACAGAUGAGGGCCAGUGCUGGCAGAGCUACGCAUUCACACAGGAGCCCAUCUACUUCACUGGCCUGGCCUCGGAGCCUGGAGCCCGGUCCAUGAACAUCAGCAUCUGGGGGUUCACAGAGUCCUUCAUCACCCGCCAGUGGGUCUCCUACACGGUCGACUUCAAAGACAUCCUUGAGCGGAAUUGUGAAGAGGAUGACUAUACCACAUGGCUGGCACACUCCACAGACCCUGGAGAUUACAAAGAUGGCUGCAUCUUGGGCUAUAAAGAACAGUUCCUCCGGCUACGAAAGUCAUCUGUCUGUCAGAACGGGCGAGACUAUGUGGCGGCCAAGCAGCCCUCCUUCUGUCCCUGUUCCUUGGAAGACUUCCUCUGUGACUUUGGCUACUUCCGUCCAGAAAAUGCCUCAGAGUGUGUCGAGCAGCCGGAACUGAAGGGGCACGAGUUAGAAUUCUGUCUGUAUGGCAAAGAGGAGCACCUGACGACAAAUGGGUACCGGAAAAUCCCAGGAGACAGAUGCCAAGGGGGGAUGAAUCCAGCCCGAGAAGUAAAAGACUUGAAGAAGAAAUGCACGAGCAACUUCUUGAAUCCCAAGAAGCAGGACUCCCGCCCACAGGGACACAGCUUGUCCCAGAAUCCAGCUCCGCCUCCUCUUGGAUACACUGAAAACACACACUUCAUAUCUCCUACUCAGAAGCAGAAUUCCAAGUCGAAUUCUGUCCCUAUUAUCCUGGCCAUCGUGGGACUGAUGCUGGUCACAGUUGUAGCAGGAGUGCUCAUUGUGAAGAAAUAUGUCUGCGGCGGAAGGUUCCUGGUCCACCGGUACUCUGUGCUGCAGCAGCACGCCGAGGCUGACGGGGUGGACGCUUUGGACACAGCCUCCCAUGCUAAAGGCGGUUACCAUGAUGAUUCAGAUGAGGACCUCCUGGAAUAGCUCUUGAGAGAAGCUGGGACCGGGCGUGGGUGGAGCCCCAGUACCUCCUACAGACUUGGGGAAAUAAAUUUCCCAGUGCGUCGGACCCAGCUCUUUUCUGCUGCUUCAUCCAAGCCCAAAGGACCUACACUAAAGAACGCAGGGUGGGGGUGGGGAACCCUGGCUGAUCUCACAGUUGGCUCGGAGAAGAGGGGGGGAAAUUUUAAAUUCUUUAACUUUUUGUUUCAAGUUCUGUCUUUUGUAAACAUGUGGGCUUUAGGUUCCUGUUGGUUUGUUUGUGUGUCAAGGGAAAUGAAAUAGGAGUCAAAGGGAUUGUUUCGCUGACCCCAUCUUGUGUGUUCUGGGUGGUGCCUACCCCCGGGCAUCUGCCAACUCCACUGUCAGCUCAGCUCUCACGUCGUACCUGGUGCUGUCCCUGGGCUCUGCUGGCCAUGGGAAGCAGCCUCAGAGAAGGAAACAAGGAAACAGUGCAGUGACUGGCACUGGCUGGCCGGCUCUUCCCCAUCUAUGAACAGCCCUGCUCAGAGAACAUUGAGCCCAGCCCUGCUAUGUCUUCCAGGCCCCACCCCACCCCCAACCGUGACUAUAGACCACGGUGAUUUUUCUGUUCCCAUUUAAUUAGGCAAUACCCUUGUUAAUUGCCCUUUGGCAACUAACUUAACCACGCGCUUCCAAGACAUUAAAUUAGGAAAACUUACAGGGCCAUAUUUUUAACUUGCGGCAAGGAGGAGGGAGCAACAGAGAGUCGACUAGGCCUAACUCCUAUUAAAGACAAAACUCUGGCUGCUCUGAGCUCUUUGAAACUGUGCUUUGUGUGGCCAGUGGGCCUCUCAAGGACAGGAUGCAGGCUUGGCCUGGAAGCCUGCCCAGGCUCCUCCAUGUCUUUCCUAGAGCGCAUUGUUGAGUGCACAAUGCAGCCCCAGGACUGACGGUCACAGCCUUCCAUUUUCCUAGCACCCAUGGUGAGGCUCAGUGUUGAACAACCAUGGCUGCUUGUUCCUUCCUCCCCCGUUGCUGCUGUCCAUAGAACCAGGACUAGGGAUGUUUCCAGAUCGAUGAACAUUUUAAAGAUCAAAGUUCUAUGAGCAGACCAUCCUUCUCAGCCUUCCCAUGCUUCCACUGAUGAUUUCUGGGCAGAAUCUUUUGGCUGACCCCACUGAAGGUGUGCUUCUAGGUGGUGCCGUGUGUGUACAUCACUUUCAUGUUUUAAGGACGUUUUCUAUCUGAUGUUUUUCCAAACUAAAUAAGUUAUCGAAUAUGACGGGUGAUUUGGGGUGGCCAGCUGGUAUUGGAAAGCUGUAAUGAAUCCUUUUUAGUACGGCCUGAAUACUGGGCACACAGGGCAGCGGUGUGGUGGGUGGUCCCUUAUCCCUGCUUUACUCACCGCGGUUCCUCCCUAUCGUUACAACUGGGACUCUUGAGUAGAUGCCAUUUUGCUGCUACUUCACUUUGUAGCUAGAAAGUCAGUAAAAAGUAACUGUGCCAAACUUUUGUCAGAAUGCCUGAGCAGAUGGCUAACUCCUCCCCAGAAUGAGCAGCAGCAGGAGAGAGGGAGGAGGUGGACGGAGAGUCCUGGAGACGCUGUGUGUUGCCGCUAAUGAGUCAGGGGAGCUUCUGCUAGAAAAUGAAGUUAGGACCAUUUCCAUGAGGAGAAUCCAUCUUUGUUAGAGCCGGAAUGUAUGAUUUUUGUAUGAUUCUAAAAUUUAUAAUAAUUCCAAAGAUAUACGAGCUCAUAAUUUAUCAAAGUUUCUGUCCAUCCUCACCUCCUGCCAAAGGGGAAAGGCUCUCUCCCACCACGUGCAGCACAUCCCGGGGCUGAUGUGGGUAGAUAAGGCAAUGUGUGGCGGUGGUCACUCACUUUCUGAUGGAGUUGCCACUGGUCUCUAACCCUCAGAGGUUUCUGUAGAACCCGUCAGUGCUCUGCUUGCUUUGCUUACAUCCUCUCGUAAGCUGCUCACUGUUCUUGCCAUAGAGCUCAGCAGCCAAAAUUGAGUCAGUCACCCCGGUCUUCAGACUCUGAGCCAUGGUUCUUGCAGGAAGGUGCUCAGUAUCUGGAACGGAGCUUCCUAGCGGUGUGACUUGCUGGGGUCGAGGACAGGUCAGUGGCGUUUCUCCAGAGCAUUGUUUUCUCUUUAGAAAACAAAACUUUAUUCCCCUGCUUCAUGACUGAAAUAAAAAGCUAUGGCAAUCCGGAGUGUCCCCUCUGCCUUGGUGGAUGGUCACUGUUGGGAGCACAGGAAGUGAGUCUUCCCCCAGCUAGCUGGCUCUGUGGGCUUGGGGACUGCCCUUACAGUAGCUCUCAGAAUCAGUCACAUUCACAAAUAUGCAACCCCAGCCAGAGAUUUAAGAUUUUUAAGCUCUUUAUGUCUUAAAAAAAACAACAACAAAAAACAAGAUUUCUAGUUUGGUUUGUCCUGCUCUGUCUUGGCACUGUCACUGGUGGGCAUCCCACUACUCUCAGCCCUGUGGGGGCAGAGGAUGAGUCUAGAGACUUGAGCGAUAGGAUUUAGUGCUGUUACGUAGCUCAGACAGAUUAGAAAGUCCCUAGUGGCCUGAGUUUUAAAUCCAAAGCAUGCUUUCUGCUUGAGACCUCAGGGCCAUAAGUUUUUCCUGAGCCCUGAGGCCAGGGCUGGAUGUGACAAGGCACUGGUCACAGCAGCAGAGACCUUCAGAGAGCGCUGGCAGCUCCACAGGGGGCCCAGGAGCUUUGUCAGCCUUAACUGACUCUGGUGUGCAGACCCAUGCUCUUGGGCUUCCUAGCUUUUCCUCUCUGGCAGUGUAGUAUUGUGGACCACCUUCAGCUCCUUUGCUGGUCAGGCCUAGAAGCCAUGGCUGGGCACACUGUACCGAAUCAUCCCUUCAUCAGGAUGCUAGGAUGCAGAGAGGGGCACAGCACCCUUCCAUCAAGCCCCACGAUGAGAGGCCUGGUUUGGCGUCACUCAUUUUAUUGCCCUGCAAGUAAACCAUAUGGGUAGAGCCUUUCAUACCUCCAGCGCUCUGAAGAACCCAUCCCUCUGCAUACUGGCAAGGGGCUCAUCCAUGUGUUGGCAUAGCCCUCUCAGCUCAGUCGGGAUGCACAAAGAUUGCUAAAAAGGAGGAAUGCAGCUUCAAUUUUUUUUAUCGUCUUCCCACCAGAGGGAAAGUAAUGUGAACUUAAAUGUCUUUUGGAACAAAACCAAAGUUUAAGAUUUGCCAUAUGAUAUACUGACAGGGAAGCCCAGAGUUGGCAAGCAGGUACCAGACUUUGUGUCCUGUUGGCCAGUGCUUUGCCAGGUAUGGGUUGCUGUAGAGUCACUGAAACCACGGGUGCAGCUUGAUUUCCUGGUCCAUGCAUUAUAACAUAAGAAUUGGAGCACUAACUUGAAAUUGUCUUCAAGGACUUGCGUGCACUUUUUCACACCGGUACAUUCUUCUGUAUCUGUUUAUAUGGAAUAACACAAGCUAAUCUGUACCUUUAUAUAUGUGUGUGUGUACAUAUAUACAUGUAUAAACUGUAUAGUGUACAUGUUAAUGAUUUAUCGGUACGGCCCGAAUUUUUAGUGCAGUUCUCAUCCUCCGCAUGCCCUCAGCUGUGGUCUGGUGACUUCCUGUCCCCCGGCGGUUCUGCCACUUCCUGGUGUUCUGAGGCACCAGGGAGGAGGGUUUGGGCUGCAUUCUCUUUCUCCUCAUGCACAGAUAUGCUCAGGGUCCCCACGUGCCUGUCGUCUUCCCCUCUUGUCCAUUGUUCCCUUUCUGAGCAUGCAGCCCCGCCCCGGCUGUGAGGGGCAGCUGCCUUCCUGGGACAGCGUUUAAGCAGGAUCGUGACCACCACUGCAUGUACACUGAAAACUCCAGAUGUCUGCCCACCUGGGACAGAGCAUUGCAUGUGAGGUGGGGUUAUCAAGUUUCAAAGACCUGUCACUCAUACAGCAAAGCCAGACCCAUAGCAAAAUCCCACAAAAUGGAAAUAAAACGCAAAACUUCUUUAGCAUUGUGUAAAUAAAUCUGGAUGUGUUUAACUUUG